AAAAGGUUUUAUGAGUUUCUGGUAUAGUAGGAGAAGCCACAGCAAAUUACGGUUUGUUUACAUAUUACGUAUAAUGUAAACAAAUGGGUUUGUAUUUGUUCUGGAUUUUUUGUUGAAAUGAAUUCAUUCUUUUUUUCGUAUUCUAUAAAAAUAGUAUUUAUUUAAGUGUUUCUUUUGUAUACUUUAAUAAAAAAAAUGGAGGAUAGGAAGCAUACUUUACGGGUUGAAAAACGUACACUCGUUUGCACGUCUUGGUCAUUGGAGUUGGUUUUCUUUACUUGAAAAUCUGAACCCAUUUACGAGCAUACUUUUUCAGCUUUGAGUGAGAUUUCCUUUUUUGCGCUACGCUACUAACGAACUAGUUUUUGAUGAAGUUUUGAAUUUCUCCUCCAGAAUCCAUGUUGUCAUGGAAUGCCCUUUCUCAAUUGUUCCUUUAAAUAAAUCCAUGCAAAGCGAAGUUUUGGAUUCAUUUCCUUCAUCAAUUUUGUUCAUUUUUCAAAAGCUUUGUGUUGAAUUGUGGAUUGUUUACACAGCCUUUUCAAGCAAUGAAUAUGUAAUCCCCAUAUCAUACAAAAGUAGACGAGGCGAAGGUCGUCAAGUUAGACAAAACACAACUCAACCGGUAGCUAAAAAGUACUUUAGUUUCCAUUUGUAUUGACAUUUCUUUCAUGUUAUUAAAGAGAAAAAAUAUCUUUUGAAUAUCUUAAUCUUGUUUCUUGCUUUCUAUUCUAUUUGUUUACAGCUAAGAACAACAGAAACAAUAUCUUUUGCUUUGGAUCCAUUUGCACUUUUAGGAAAGUCAUUCUGUUUAUGUAGGGCCUAGUAGCCUUACAACUGCUAUUACUGCUUAUUACAACUACUACUAGUACUAGUACUAGUCCUACUUCUUACUACUACGACUACUCUCCUCUCAUACUACUUGCCAUUCCAAUUUCUAAUUCCUCUUGGCAACAUUGACUGCUUUGUAUUUGUAUUUGUAUUUUAAAACGAAUUAGGUAAAGAGGGAAUCCUAUCGAUUCUACAAGUCUCUAACCAUUAAUUUGUUUCCUCCUUACUUCAACUGCAAAUUAAAGCAAAUAAGGUACUUCUCAAAUUCACUCUCAUUGUCGUUCUUUUUUUUUUGUCAUUCAUUUUCACAUAAUUGUCCCUCUUUUUCCCUUCUUAGAAGUUGCUACUUGUGCUUCUAACCUUGUUAUGAUUUUUUGUAUCUUUCCAAAUUAUGACUAAAAUCAUGUUUCGAAAGCGUAUUGUGAAAAGGUAUUUAUUUAUCAUUGCGCUCUUUAUAGCAGGCACAUUAUUCUUACAAAACACUCCGGCUUUCAAUACGAAGAUUCCUUCGCUGGAUGUACAUCCGAAAACCCCUGUUUCCAAAAAAUUUCAAGAGUACAGAACCAAUUUUAUUUCUUCUUUGAAAACAGCAAAACCUCCUUCCAAUACCAUCAUGUUUGCAGCUUACGGUUUGGAAUUUCCGACUCAUAGUCUGUUCAUGCUGGCCUGUGACAUGGCUCUCAAGUCUGAAUCUCCAGUCAGCUUUUUGCUUUUAGUGGAUGGUAGCCAACCUCUGGACUUGCUUGAACUCAACCGAGAGACGGAGGCUUCAUGUCCCCUCAAUUUAUCUUUCGUAAAUGAAAUUAACAAAUUUGCCAAGGAGCUUACUUUAGAAGAAUUGAUCGCGCUUCAAUUCCAACAAGCCUUAAAAAAUUUUUCUCCCUCCGUAAUUAUCACUUCAAAACAAUCUUCUCAAGUCAUGAAGGAUGCUAUUGACCCCUAUCUCGCUAAUAACUAUUACACCCAUAAUGUCAUUGAUACAAAUGCCUUAGAAGAAAAUGCUUGGGUUUCUAGCCUCGACACAGAAUCGCUAAAGCAUUUUCGGACUCCCAGAAUUAACGUCGUCCUAAUCGCAGAAGAAGACUCCUACAAGGAAAUCCCAAAUAUGCUGUCUGAUUUAAAAAAGGAUUAUCAUUCGUUCGAUGAGUAUCCAUAUGUCUUCAUUCACAUAUAUCUUCUCAAUACUUUCCCUGACCUAAAAGCCAUACGAAAUAAAUGGCCACAAGAUCGUCUUUUUGUGCAACUUCAUCAAGGAAAAAAACCCCAAGAAUUCAUCGAACUUUGGGCUCCUCCCAACGAUUACACUUACGCUCUUUUUGUUGACAUGACAAAGGAUUUUCCUAUUGAACUUUCCUCCAAAUUACUUACAUGGUACAAGUAUCUUAUUUUAACCACAUUUUAUAAAGAAGACUCUUCCAUUGUUCGAAACAACAUUAUGUCUAUCGUUUCCUCCAGCGAGGUCGUAUCCGAAAAUCCUGUCACAUUCUUUCAAAGAAAAUUGUCAAGUGUUUCCCUAUUCACUCCCAUAGCGUUUCAAAAGUUUCAGGAAUAUGUCUUUGCAAGAAAGUUUGUUCCCGAUUUCAACGUUCCAAAUAUAAUACAAGAUGAAUACGAUGACGAUCCUACUGUAUUUAAACAGGUAGGCAACUUACUGACUGAAUUCCAGUCGCUGCUCGGUCUGUACUCUUUAGUUGUUUCCCCUAUGAAUGAUGGGCCCUUUGAUUCUCUAAAAUUUGAUAGCCUUGUGUCAGAUUUUUUAAAGUUUCCUCCCAACAUAAGCUUUCCUCAACUUUCUCUGGCUCCCGUUUUUCACUCAUUUGACGAUGAAUUACUGAGCUUUUCCAGCGCAAAGAACAAGUCAACCGAUCUGUAUCAAAGCGUUUCAGGCUGUGCUCAAUCUGAUGUACUUUCAACUUUUUCCAUACAAUCCAUAUUUUGUCCAAAAAGCUCAUGACGAAACCUAGUUUUAUUUAUUUACUUUCAGUUUGUUGUGUUUAGAAUCUAGACUCGGGAUUUUCGAGUAAGCGGUUUAUAGUUUAAUUUAUUUAGGUUAUAAGUGUACUAAAGGUUGAUGAAGUCGAUCUAUAAUUUAUCAUUAUUGUACUACAUGUUGUUUGACAUAUCCAACUAGCUUCUUGGGACAAAACUUGAAGCAAAAGCAAUCAAAGUACCCCUUACUGAUCUAAGAAUCCUUUGAAGUCCAGUGGAUUCUUCAUCUGUCCUUCUUCGCUGUGACUCUGAAUUUGCGUCUUCAUUUUCAGCUGAGUCAUUCACAACUUCAACAACUUCAGGGUUGCUUCUAUUACGACGUUGGCGAUAUUCAUUCUGAACAUUCCGAACAUACUCCAAGACUGCUUGAACUGUCGGAUUGUCAUUUAUGAUUGGGCUAAGUGCGCCAGUCUGUAAAAGAAAAACAAAUGCCAUAAUGGACGUUAAUAACAUAGUUUGGGGUAAAGAGUCAUUAUAAGUAGCCCAGGCACAGAAUAACGCCAGACGAAUAAAUAAACGGAAAUGUCUUCUUAUAUUUUCAAAGGUAUGGGUAAAAGGAGAUAAUACGCUAGAUGAGAAUGAUUGAAGGCGUCUAAGAUUUUGCAAAGUCAUUGGUUGUACUUGUAAAGAAGAAUGACUGGGAGUUGGUGACAAUAAGUAUGCGCAUUCUCCUGUUUGUUGAUUUUGAAUAAUUCCAUAAGGAGAAAGCACAGGGGGAAGUCCGGACCUCAUAGGAUGAAAUGACAAGUGAGAUGCAUGGGUAGAGGGAAUCUCUUGUAAGUAGUACGAUCCAUUAUAUAAUACAGUUUGAUACUGUACCGGAAACAAUUGGGGAGCAACAGUUGUAAAACCAUUGGUAAUGGGGAAAUUACCAUUCAUGUAUGGAAGAUUUGGGGAAUCGCCAUGUGGAUUUGAAUCUACUGAAACAUGUCCGGGUAUUCCAUUGUGAAACCUGCUGGGAAUAUUUGCAACGCUUGGAGAAGAAGAGUUACCUAUAAACGAAGGUGUAUGGAGAUCAUGAAUACGUUGAAUAUUGUCAAUGUUUGGUAGUCCUUGUCCAUUGCUUUGUGGAGAUGGAGAAGCAUAGUUCGCGGGUAUUGGCGGAAAAUUUCCUUCAGCAUUCUGACUAAACGGGAAGGUACGUGCACCAUUCGGAAGAGGAUUUGUAUGUAAUAUGUCAUUUGUACCCUGCACACUCGAUGAAGCAAUCAUAGUGACAUUACGGUGGUGAACAGAAGUUAUUGAAGUUGUAGUCGUGGUAGUGGGAUUGGGGACGGGGAUUUGUCGCUGGAAGUUUGGAGACUGAAUAAAAGGACUCGUUGAAGGUUCAUUAGAAGAUGCAUUGUUUGGUUGUGAGGUUGGUGGAACAGCACUUGCUAGUCUACUGCUUUGAAUACGCUGAAUCAUAUUUGGCAACAUUCCACGUAAACCAGGAGUUCUUUCGACACGUUGAUAGUUCGAAAAUAAAUGUUGAGCUUGCUCACGCCGAGAGAGUUCUUCUGGAUUUAAACUGGUGAUCGUUCGUGAUGGCUGAGCAGAAAGAGAAGAAGAUGAAGAAGGUGAGGCAUCUUGUACUCUAGGGAAUGAAGGGGCCAAUUGUGAAACUCUCUGUUCAGUAGAAGCACUUGUUGGCAAUGGCAAACUGCUGAUUAUGCUUAUAACCAAAUGAAAGGUUACCAGAUCGGUAACAUCAUUCAAAAUACUAGACAGAGUUGUUUCGUCUCGUAAAACUCUUCCAGCAUAAAUCAACUUGAGACGAUCUACCGGUGCUUCGAAGGUAGGAGCAAUGAUGUUCUUUAAAUCCAAAACUGUUUUGUCUCGCGCAACCUGGAAUAUUCCCACUUUCUGAUCAACGGUGGUUACUCGAAUUUUAUACUCACUCAUUUCCGUCAUAGCUACUAUAUACAAUGC